AUGGGAAGAAAUGUUAAAUUGUAUUUUAUUCCACCAAACACAUCCGCAUGCAUUCAGCCAUGUGAUAUGGGGAUCAUAAAAAGUCUAAAGCACAACUACAGAUUGGCAUUUUUACAAAGAGUGAUUGCCGUAAUUGAUUCAGACGAUGCCUGUCUCAAAUCCGUUGUGAAUUCUAUCACUCUUUUGGAUGCGCUACACAUGCUCAAAAUGGUUUGGAGGGAAGUCAAAAUAGCAACAAUUUACAACUGUUUCCGUAAGGCUGGAUUCCAUGAGGAAGUGGGGGAAAAUAUGUUUAGUGACAUUGAAUGUAACGAAAUAACGAUGGAUGUUGCUAAUGAGGAUGAAGAAUGUAUCGGAAUCAUGUACGAUGAAGAAAUAUGUUUAAUGUCAAGAGAUAUUUCUUGUGAAGAUGAUGAGGACGAUGAAGAUCCCAUACCCGUGAAAACAACCAGUUCGGAGGCUAUGGGUGCAUGCAGAUUAAUACGCCAGUUUCUUACUAACAGCGAUUUAACAAGUGAAAUGGAUAUGGAAAACUUCUAUGAACUAGAAAAAAAACUGUAUCCAAACCGACUUUUAAUUACAUUCAGUGACUUGCGCAAGUUCCUAAACUUAACAAGAUGA